AUGACACCACCAAUGGCUGCAGCUCGAAUUCAGCGGUGGGCCUUAAUUUUGUCUGCGUAUGACUACUCCAUUCAGUACAAAGAAGGAAUUCAGAAUGCAAAUGCUGAUGCCCUCAGUAGAUUACCAUUGCCAGACACCCCAGGUUCAACACCAGUUCCUCAAGAAACAAUCUUACUCAUGGAACUAUUGGAGACUACUCCAAUAAGAGCAGAGCAAGUGAAGAACUGGACAAAGAGAACUCCUAUACUUGCUAGAGUUUUGAAUUUAUUAAACAAGGUUGGACUAGCAAGUGUCCAGAUGGGGAGUUUCAAGCAUACUUUCAACGACGAGACGAGCUGA